AUGGGUCUCACAUGCGAUUCUAAAGCGGUUUGCCAGGCUACGACUCUUGAGCCAAGUACUUUUGACCAAACAUCAGAGGAAAUACGAUAUCUAGAGGAGAUUGAAUUAGAAUUAGCCCAGAAGCUGGGCAUAUCUGGAAAGGAUGUCGAUUCUGUCGAGGUUGUCUUCAAGGCCAAGCAUAAAGCGUUGAGUAAUGAAGAUUAUUUGCCGGCUUUGCGAAAUCUGAAUGAACUACAUCGCCUGCGUCUAAAUCGCAGCCUCGUUCUGAACAGUGCACGACACGAAGCGGAGGAGCGUCCCUUACCCCUAGGUCUCCCAUACACUGUCGACGCUUCUCGGUUCUGGGCCGUUCUCAUCGGAAUUGAUGAGUAUCCAUAUCAGGUGCUGCAUGGAUGCGUAUCGGAUGUGCGAGUAAUGGAGAAGUACUUGACUGAAGAUCUCUGCGUACCCAGAGAUCGCAUCCAGCUUCUCCUUGGAUCCAAGGAGCACACUUCAGCUGAUGAUCCAAUGUAUCCUUCGCGCGCUCACAUCAUUGGCACGCUUACCGGACUCAUCGCUGAGGAUAGAAUAAAGCAUGGCGACAACAUCAUCAUCUACUACGCCGGACACGGCACCUCUUAUAAUGAUGAAGGCCACUCGGCUUUCGACCGCGAAAUCAACGGUAUCCUGACCGAAAUCUGCCGUACCAAGGGAUAUCGAAUCACCCUCAUCCUCGACUGUUGUCACUCUGGUGGUGCCAGCCGAGAGGUGCCACCACCAGGAUCACGUACUGCUCCCACAACAAGGUGCACUACGCUUCAGGAUAUGCUUCUCGCCGGGGACAAUUAUCUGAAGGGUUACAACCACUAUUUCCCCGGGUCCAUUCUAGCGAGGGACUGGCGGACAGAUAUGGACUCCCACGUUCUCGUGGCAGCUUGUAAGGAAUACCAGCUUGCAAAAGAGAUGAAGGUGAAACGGGAAGAUGGUACGGUGGAGCACGUUGGAAUUUUUACGGACUCGCUUCUGCGUGUUCUCCGGUCCGGAUACUGGAGAAAAGAGACGACAUAUGCUGAUCUCAUCUUUGGUCUCGGCCAGUCGUCUCAUCAGACGCCAGUAGUUGCUGGAAAACACAGGGACGCGCGCAUCUGGUAUCAGGAUUAA